UCUAUCUUAACCUUUAAUAUUUGGCGCCAAUUCUCUUGUAGUACGCGUGGGAUAUAAUUUCCCUUCAUUUAUUAAUUAAGUGCAACAAAUUAAGAUUUUAUACAUACAUAUAUAAAAUGCCUGGUGUUGAUGAUUGGAUCAAUAAUCCUUUAGAAAUUGUACAGAAAAUAUUUGAGGAAGAAAAAAAUGAUUGUCAUAAUACUGUAGUUAAGUAUUUUGCAAGAUUCUUAGACAGAGAAGACUCUAAUAAAUUUAUUCCAUCUUUGAAUGACGUAUCUCUCAAACAUUUGAAACCAAAUACUUUAGUGAGAUUCAGAUGUAUGAUUCAAGAUAUGUUUGAUCCUGAAUUCUAUUUCAAUACCUAUGAAGUUAAAAAUAUAAGUACAGGUCAAAAUAUUUUAAGAUGUGGACUUUAUAAAGAUUUAUUGAGUUGUGAGCAAACAGAAGAAAUAAUUGUCCAGUCACCAAGAAAUAUUAAUUCAGAACGGUUGACAUAUCAUUGUAUUUCUGUUCCUGGUGAGAAUGCUUGGGUUAAGGAUGGAUUUUGUCAUUAUUCAAAAUUAACUUCACCAAAUGAUACCAGCGCUUGUAAAGAAAUUGUUGAAGAAAUGGAUGAAUUUGAAAUACAAGUAAAAAGAAAACGAUUAGAUACUGACAGAACAGGAAAUAUAACUGAAGAAUUGCCAAGUUCUGCUGCAAAUGGUCUCUCAGAUUCAAAUAUUCCUCAUCUAGAAAAUGAUGAAAUUGCAUGUAUAAUUAAACUUUAUGAUACUGCAGAAAAUUUUAAAGUAACUGAAGUCAUUGAAUGUAUUGGAAUACUAGAUACAUCUGAAUCAAAAAGUAAUUUUAAUGAGAUGGAUGAAGAUAUAGAAAUGAGUUCUCAGGUUCAGUCAGUAUCAUCAUUACCAAAAAUUCAUGCAAUUAGGAUUAAACCAUUUCUGCAUAAUAAUCCUUACCUUCCUAUUAAUGUCAACUUGGAAAAUAGAUUAGCAAUGGAAAUAUUUUCACAAGCAAGAAGAUUAAGGCAUGAUUUAGUUAGAUGUUUUACACACAUUUUACUUGGUGAUAAAUUAUCUGCAGAAUAUCUUCUUUUCAACUUAAUAUCUUCAGUAUAUUAUCAACAAAAUAUAACAACAUUAGGAAAGUUUUGUCUGAAUUUAAUGAAUAUACCAACAUCAAAUGGUUAUGUAAAAAAGUUGUUCAGUUUACUGCAGAAAUUAACUACAAAACUUGGGAACAAUUGUAACAUACACCUUACAAGUCCUGACCUAGCAUCAAGUGAUUUUUACUUGUUUCCUACACUGAAGAAGAAACUGCAAGCGAAGUGUUUUCAGAGUGACAGUUAUGUUCAGAACAAGGUGUGGCAUAUUUUGUGUGCUCUGGACAUGAUCUUUGAAGGGGAUUUGAGAUACUGGAACACUUACAGAGAUGUUGGGAUGCAUAAGGUGGUUAUGUUGAAAGUAGAGGACAGAUGAAGCUGUCAUUCUGUGUAUGUCAUGUUCUUAUAAAUAAAUUCUUGUUAUUAUACCAGACCAGUAGAACUUAUUUAUUGAUCUUCCCAAGUAUGAUGGGAUAUUUCUCUUCUCUGAGUUUGAAAGAGGCCAUGAGAUUUGGUCUUAUGUAAGCCUCUUCCACUUAUUUAUAUCUGAGUAUUUUUUACCAGAUAUAGAGCAUGUCAUAGAGAGACUAUGUAAUAUGAGAAAGGACUAUUUUAGAUGGAGGACUGCAUUGAAAUAGGAACUUAGGAAUUGAGAAACAGGAAAGGACCUUUUAGAAAAAUGUUAAGUAUAGCAAGAGUGAUUUAGUGUCAAUGCUAUGAUGCUACUCAAGACUGACAAAUCUAGAGACAUUGUAAUCAUAAACAGGAAUAGAUAGCUAUGAAGCUACUAUGCAGGAGUACAUUUUCAAUAAAAGAUGCACAGUUCUCCCCACAAAUACCUCAUUGAUUUACAGACUCAGGUUAUGUGGUUCACAAAUGUGAAGGUCCGAAACCCUUUUUCUGUUUUAGAUCAGUAUAAAUCUAGGAAUUUUCCUAGUAAAAGAGAAAAGGGGGACUUCUACGGUCAAUGACCAAGACGCUCUCCUCGAAUAAGAAAAAAACGGAGAAUGUUAAAAUAUCAAUAAGAGAAAUCAUCUCUAUUUGUUUAACAGUUAUUCUAUAGACGUUAGUAUCAACAAGAAGGGAAUAAGAGAUAUUUCUUAUCACCUCUUGGUUGCACGUAACACGUGGUUACGGCAAUAAAUCGCCUUGUUCAUAGUCAAACUCGACGUUUGAUAUAAACAAUAACUAAAUAGUUGACCAGGUUAAAGAAAUUAUUGUCAAAUGAUUGUUAAUUUAUGGAUGAGAGCC